UGGAGCAUGCAAACGGUAUGGAGCUGGAUGGCAGGAGGAUUCGGGUGGAUUAUUCAAUCACCAAGAGAGCACAUACACCCACCCCAGGCAUCUACAUGGGCAGGCCAACACACAGUGGAGGAGGUGGUGGCGGUGGAGCAGGUCGUCGCCGUGACUCAUACUAUGAUAGGGGUUAUGACAGAGGAUAUGACAGAUAUGAAGAGUAUGACUACAGAUACAGGAGACGAUCACCAUCACCUUAUUAUAGUCGAUACCGAUCACGAUCAAGAUCCCGUUCCUAUAGUCCAAGGCGCUACUGAAGAUUGGAAGAGUUACAGUUGAGGACGUGAUUUUUAAAGACAAAGUUCAGAUCUUAGCUUCCCUACUGCUUUCCCUCCUCUCCCUCCCUUUGUUGUCCUCCAUCCACCUCUUUUGCCAAUCUUUGGUUCAUUUAGAAUAUACAUAUUUUCGGUUGAAGUAUUCCUGUUUUCCAUCCCUCCUAAUUGUAGUACUCUUAAAUAUUGUAAUUGUUGUAGUUUUUGUGUAGUAAAACAUCUUAAGUAAGAUGAAAUAGAGAAUCCAAAGUGCUGAUACAUUUUGGAAGUCAUUCCUAUUUUGUUUUUAAAACAAUUGGACUCCUGACUAAUCAGAAGAGAGCAUUGAUAUUUUUAAAGCUUGCAUGUCAUAUGUAAUAUACACACUCAGAUACUUUAAUAUAAACCUGCAUUUCCAAGUAACUCGUUAAUCUUUCUGUUAAAAUGUUUACCUAUUACUUUGAUAAACAAGUAGUGACUUUGAGCCUUUUCUGUAAUGACAAAUUUAUUUAGAUAGUCAUGAACCAGAGGAUUACUUUUUUUUUGUCAGGUAGUUGCUUUGAGUGUAGACUGUUUGAGCUAGAGCAAAAUUUGGUAUUUGACUGGGAAGAUAGAUCCUUGUACACUCAAAAUUAAGGCUGAGUUUUAUAGAUGAAGUUUCUGGAUUGCUACACAGUGGGUAACCACUGGGGAUUUAACAGUUGAAGUUAAAACUGUAAAAAUGCUGGGGUU